AAUCUUUUAGCUCGAAGAGCUCAAAAAUCAAUUAAUUGGAAAAAUUUGAAGCCCGAAAAAAAGCAGGGAGUUCCAAGAAUGGCUUGCAGGUCAACUGCUUUUCAGAUUUUUUAGUUUAAAUAACGCUCAGAACUUAGUAAUAAGAAAUUUUUCAAGCGUUUUAAUUUUGUGAAUAGCGGAAAAUUCCAGGGAUGUCUUGUAGGGUCAAUCAAUUUUCAGAUAUUUAAUUCCUCCUAUAUUUAUUUCUUUUACUAUUCAAUAAAUCGACAUGUUAGUUGCACCGAAUAAAAAUAGCUGAUAGUCAAGUUUGUAACAUAUGUUAUUAUUUGCUUACCGAUGGAAGAUUAGUGAAACGAAAGAGCUCGACCGCAGCUCCCGAGGGACUUUUGGUCGAUAGUUUCUACAGCACCAGCAGUUCUUGUGGAAGCUUCAGUCCGUUUUAUGGAAGCGAUAAAAAUUCUUUUUCUAGAACUAGUUGACGUGUCUUUUUGACGAAGCUCGUCAAUAAUUUUAACUAUGUUUCGCCACAUUGUGAGUUGCUUAAUUCUGCAAAAUUGGUUUUCUAAAUUGACCAUCAGCAGACUAAUAAUGCGACUGUUUGAAAUCAUUUUAUGCUGGUGUUGUGUACUUACUGGUCAAUUUUCAAAUGGAAGCAGCAUUCACAGUUCAGAAAUCAAAUCACGUCUCAUCAAUCAUACGAUGGAAUUGAUUGAUAAAAGUUUUGCGAAUAAUUCGAACCCACUGAUAAUAUCUUCUGACUUCGUUGAUGACCAAGUGGUAAGUGGGAACAUCGAUAAUGGAAAUCCGGUGAUUGUCAUAAAUAGUGAUCUGAGUGAGAGACGGAUAGAAAUUAAAGGGUAUCUUUCCAGCUAUCCUACGUACAACCUCAGAUUUGAAUCUCUAUACAAGCUGAUUGCACUUAUCUUAGGGUUUAUGGCCUCACCAACCUGGAACAUAAAGUCGCCAAUUUUUGUUCUCGACAUUUCUGAAGAACCUCAUGUAGACGCUUUUAAUGUUAUUUCAUUCCUUGGAUAUUUCGAUACUUUAAUAUCAUACUAUAUGUGUUAUGAUAACGACAAACAUUCAACCAUAGUCUACACUCUGAACCCUUACACACAAUACGCCCCGUUGCCUUGGAAUCAAGUUAAAUUUUCAAAUGCAAAUAUCAACAAUAAAACCAAGUCGACACUAUACAGUCUGCAGUAUCCGAAAGAUUUGAAGAACAAUUAUAAAAAUAUUUAUUUUGAUAAGACUCAGUACUUAGAUGGUCAUAAAACAAAAUUAUUCGCUCGUGUCAUUUCAACGAAUUCAAUUGAACAGAAUAAGAAAGAAAACAUUAAUAGAAUUCUUAAACAUUUUGUAAAGAUCAAAGACUACGGAUUGAAUUCAUUACCUGAUUAUAUGAAAGUAAAAGCGUCAGUUCAUAUUCUGAAGAGCUAUUUCAAUUCCGACAUAAUUAAACACGGGUUCGAUAGAGAUCUUAACAAUCAUCAGUAUGAUGCGAUUAACGUUAAGAAUCAAUUAGCUGAUACAAAUCCUAAAUUAACUGAUUAUUUGACCACAGUCACCGAAAUCCAUAUAAAUUUUCAGUUCAUCUUCAUCACACUCUUGGUGUUGUUGAUUGCUGUGAUCAUAAUUAUGAACAGUAAAUUUGAUGUGAGUGAAGGAAUCAUGGACAUUGUGAGCAUGUCACUGAGUAUGGGGAUAACAUCUCCAAUGGGACGUCUUUUGAUGAGGAUCAUUUAUUUCUUUGGAUUUUGUUCAUUUUCGUAUAGCGAUGCCCGAAUUCCAAGGACAAAUCUCGACCAUUCUAUCCCAACCUGCAAGGCGUAAUGUCGAAAUCCUAAAGGACUAGUUCGACAACAAGUAUCAUGUGUUUUACAAUGGGUUUCUAGAAAACGACAGAAUUAAUGAAAAAUUGUGGGUGACCGCAGAGGACCAGAAAUACUUGUAUCCAUCAUCUGAUGCUGGGUUGAAAAAAUGUGCGAAAGAAGC